AUGCCUACCCAACUGGAUAAAGCCUUAAAUUCAAAGAACCUAUUCCUCGGAUUUGCCGGCCUGGUAACGGCGGCAGCAGCAUGGUCCAUCUGGGGUGGCGAAAUGUUCCCUGCGGCAGACUCUCUGUCAGCUCCAACUGGAGACCCAGAGAAUUGGACGAUCGAGGAACUGAGAAGAUGGCUUAGUUCGCGUGGUCUCCUUCCAAGCCCAAAUGCGUCGAGAGGAGAUUUGAUCGAACGUGUAAAGGCGAAUAUGAGGCUUCCACCACGGUCGUAG